AUGCAUGUGGGUCGAACAUCGGCCGCAUCCGCCACGCACGCCGGGCGCGGCACAGCCCGCAGUUGGCUUCUCCGCCACGCUCACCACGACCACCACGACCGCCACGACCGCAAGCGCUGGGAGCGGCCAGGCCUCGCCUCGUCAAGGGCCGCCGCGGAGACGAUUGCGCGGAUGCUUGCCGUUGGCGGCGCCAGCUGCUGGGAGGUGGCGACCGGCCUUUACGCCGACGCGCUGGCGACGCGCUCGGUAGGACGCCGCGGGGAGGUGGCGCUGCGUGAGCGGCACACGGCCAUCUCUUGCAUUCUGACGGCGCUCACGCAGUCCACGGCGGCCGGCGCCCCACACGAACUGGUGGCGAGGCGCAUGGCGCGCGACGUGACGCCGCCGCGCGAGGCCGCCUCCGUCGCGGAGCAGGAGGCGAUGGCGAUGGCGUGUGCGGCCGUCCUUCGCGUGCUGCUUGCGGCGGGGGAGUUUGAGAAGGCGCUCCGCUGCGCCCGGCGCUGGGAUCGCGCGGGUCGUUCCCCAAUCGUGAAGAGACGCGUCCUGCACACACUUCUUUUGGAAACCGCCGGCGGUGGCGGGAAGACGGGCGCCAAGAGCGAAGAAGAAGGGGGCGAUGACGACAAGAGUGCGGCGUCUCGUGCGUCUUUGCUGCGCUGUGGGCUCCUGCAGUUCGUCGAGGCGGCGCGGGGAAUCCCGGGCCCAGCGGCGCUGCUCCCGCUGCGGGCCGAGGGAAUACCGGACCGUUGCGUGGCUCGGUGGUACGUGGAUGCCGCGGUGCACACGCACGUCAGCCCGUGGACGACGUGCUUCUCGCACGUGCCGUCAACGAGCCCCUCGUCGGAGCCGUUUUAUCGCGAGAUGAUUGCGUACUGCUGCUCCCGCCGCCAACUGCCGAUGCCCGCCGCGGCUUUGGACGCGCUGCCCAGGCGCAUCCUGCAGGACAACCUCGCAGCCGCGAUGCGUUGCUGCCAAGAAGAGUUAGUGGAAGCGACGCGGAGGCGCUUGCAGGAUGCUGUCACCGCCGCCGUCGCCACUGCCGCCCCGCUGCGGCGCAGGGAUGCCAUUCUGUGCCUGGAACUUUUUUCGCGGCAGUUCCGCGGCGGUGCCCUUCGGCGGGAGGACGUGCGGUGGUGGUGCGCCCAUCUGCGGCGUUGUCCACCGGACUCGGUGGAGUUGGCCACGGUCUGGGUGGCGCUGUGCCAGCGACUUGGGCUGGGCGAGUUGAUGCUGCACCCGCUGCCCUCUGCGUCGGGCGUCUUCCCGCUGUUGGUGGUGCAGGCGGCGCAGUCCGGCGAGGCGGCGGAGGCGCUGUUCGCGGCCGUGCAGCAGGGCGGCCCCAACCCGCCUGUGGUGGACGACCUCCCGCCUGCCAGCGGGCGGAGUCUGCUGCUGCUGUGCACUGGCGUCGGUGACGGCGCCGUCGUGGACUGGGUCCUGCGCCACUGCAGGGACCGCGAGUGCUUGGUUCAGUUUGUUUUAGAUCACCUGGAAAGCCACCGCGAUGCGGCUGCGCAGGUGCUGCGGGUUAUGCUAAGGCCCGAGCACGCCGACGCGUUUGGUUUGCUUUCGGCACGGCUGUCGGAGAGAGGCAGCGUGUGGCUCUCGCGCCUCGCCGCCCUCGCCCCGCGCAACAGGCAGUGGCUCGUGGCGCUGCGGUGCCUCCACGGCAUGGCGGCCCCCUCCAUUGCCCACCUGCACGUGGCCUUUUUGGCCCUGGCGGCGCCGUGCACGACGCCCCUCUCCGCCAAUGUUGACUUUUUGUGGGCCGACGCCUCCCUCACGUCGCUGCGGGCCGAGGUGAACCCCGCACUGUGGCAGAUCGACGCGGCAAAGUGGGAGGCGGCCCUGCGUUUCUUGGCGGUCGGCGCCAAACACAUGGGCCACCGCCCGGACCUGCUGCGGUGCUACGCGGGUGUUGUCUCCCGUGCGGCGGCCACGCGGCAGGCCCACGCCGCGGUGGAGGCGCUCCUCGCGCGGAUGACGAUGACGACGGGGCGAGCCCCGCCCACGGCACCUUCCGCACGGGGGCAGCUGGCCGCCCUCGUGCGCCGCAAGCAGUGGGUGGAGGCCUGCGCACUUGUGGCGCAGGUUGGCGGCGGUGCCACGCGCGAUCUUGUGGGGCUGCUGGCGCACCACGGCAGGUGGGUGGAGGCCUCGCGGGCGGUGGCGCGAGAGCGCAAGGCGGCGUGGGUGCCGCUCCUCAUUCGUGCCGCCCGCAACGCGGGACACUGGCGGGCCGCGCUGUGGACCGUCGAGAGGGCCGUGUCCGAGCGGAUGCCUCUCCACUACGCGUCUGUCGCGGAGCUGCUGGCGUGCUGCGCCUCCGCCGAUGUCCCGCUGGAGGCGAUUCGGUUGUGGCUUCGCGCGCAGCCGGGGGAGCCGCGGCAGAUGCACUGA